AUGUACAGUUUACUACUGAAGCUCGCCUUGGCUGCUGUCGGCAUCGCGCCGCUCGCUUUGGCCGGCAGUGAUUCGAUAUCCCCACGCCAGCUUCAGCAAAGCCUCAGUAAUGCACUAUCGAAACAUGCAGACUUUUCGGCUUUCAACCAAAUCUUGAGCAACUACCCUGGAAUCGUCGACAAUGUCACAGCUGAGGCCGACAACAAGAUCACACUUCUGGUGCCCACCAACAAGGCAAUUGCCAACUUCCUCAAGCAAUCCAAUGCCAGCGACGUAAGCCAGAUCCCCGUCGACCGGGUCUUGACCAUUUUCAAAUACCAUACUCUGGAGGCCCCCAUGACGGCUAUUAACUUCAGCUCCUCAAGAGGUAUCACAGUUCCCACGAAGCUCCAAGACUCGCUCUACAACCUGCGAAGCCCCGGGCCUGCUCUCAUUAGCCGGUAUGGCGCCGGGGCCCAAGGCCAGGUGCUCUAUAUUUCACGGGACACCAUCAACCCUGCAAGGCUCCGAGUGAGGCAAGGGUCUUCUUCAUCCAACGACAAGGUAGCAAACCUACGCGCUGGUCUGGGCCAAACCGCAGAGCUCACCACCAUCGAUGGCGAAUGGGAUGGCGGGUAUCUCCAGUCCAUUGAUACUAUUUUGGAGCCACCGAGGCCCUGCUCGACGACGAUCAGGAAGCUCUCGGACUCGCUGACAUCUCUUAUGGGCGCAUUGGAGAAGACCAUGCUAUGGAGGACGCUGGACGCCAAGCCAAACGUCACAUGUCUGGGCCCAAGCACGGAAGCCUUCGACCAGGCUGGCAACCCGGAGAAGUCUCUUGGAGAGGCAGAGCUCAAGGGCGCUUUGCUCUUCCAUACCCUGCCCCAAGUCGCCUACAGCAACUUCUUGGAGGACGGCCAGGAGUUUACCUCGCUGGCUAAUAUUACUGUACGAGUCACUGUGAAAGACGACGAGAUCUGGUUCAACGACGCGAAAGUCAUCAGUCCCAAUGUUCUGACAAACAACGGACUUAUUCACGUCUUGGACCGUGUUAUGACCCCGAAUGCUACCGGCCCAUCGCCUUCGGACUCGCCUUCAUCGACUGCUUCCCCAACAGGGUCGAGCACUACGAACCCCUCGUCUACGAACGCGGCGCCCAUUUCCGGCAACCCUGUAACCGGUAGUAUUCAUGCCGCGGCUUUUAUUGCCCUCAUGGCUGGCGUGUUGCUCGUUUAG